AUGGCGGAUGUUUUCAGUGAGGCUAGAAAAGAGCGCGAUGACUUUGAUGAGUUGAUGAAAGCUUGUGAUUUAGCUAAGCUUGCAGUAAAAAAUGAUGAGAUGGUACAUGGAAUGCCAAGCGUUUCUCAAGAUGAACAAAAAGACCCUAUAACUAUCAAGCGUGUAGUUGCACCAGCUUCAGUUGAAGCUUAUGUGGCUAGUUCUUCAAAUGAUGGACCCAGACCAAAGCGUUCUGAAGCGGAGCAAGAUGCUGGUGAAGCACAAGCAACUAAAGAUGACAAUGGUUUUGUAUAUUAUAAAUGCCGGUUCUGUGGUCUCACUUUCAAUUUUAUGAAUACACUUCGUGCUCAUGAAAGGAUACAUGAUGUCUCACAACCAUUUGUUUGUGCUAAAUGUGGAGAAUCUUUUGAGUUUGCGUGCCAGCUGGAAUAUCAUGCUGCGCAACAUUCCGAAGUUUCCGGAUUUAAAUGUGAAUGUGGUCGUUCUUUCUAUUCAUACACCGAAAUGCUUUAUCACAAACACGACGGUGACCCGGCUGAUUUAAUUGGCGCCCCUGAGACCACAACAGUUGUCGUUAAUAAAGCUUCUGUCGGGCCAACCGUUUACGACUUACCUCAGCCAGCAUACGCUACUGAUGGGUUCGAACCUAAGCACCCAUUAAGAGUGUAUAGCGAUGUUCGAUCAAAGCCCUAUAUUUGCGAAUACUGCUCGAAAAGCUACGCUGAUAGUCGGGGAUUAGCCUAUCACAUGUACAGCCACAGAGGAGAAAAACAGUUUAAUCCAAGGUCUUCUCGAUACAUGAUGGGUCGUCAAGGUAUCGGCUACACUGAUGCCAAGAGCUAUUACCUAUUCCCAAGAACCAGUGGAUAUGUCUCGCCACGAUUUUAA